AGUGGGGAGCAGAGGCUGUGUCUUGUGUCAGCAAGGGUGAGUGCUCUUGUCUUUUUCUCAGGUGACUGGCUCUCCUGUUUACAGGCCCUGACACCACCCCUUCAGUCAUGGUCCUCACCAGGAAACGUGCUUCCCAUGCAAAGACUGUGGCAACCCAGACAGAGGGUCUGCUUAAUAAUGUGGCGGUUCAGGUCUCUGGCUGCCGGGAGUGCCUCAGCCUGCUGCUGCUGGGGGAGGAUGGGAAGGAUGCCACUUGUGUGCGGUGUGAGCAGCUGGAUGAGCUGCUCAACCUGGUGGUGGAGCUUAGGGAGGAGUCAAACAGGGAGAGACAGCUUGAGAGAAGAUGAGGAAUGGCAGCUGGUCUCAUCCCGGCGUCGCAGGCAACCCCCAAGUUCUCGACCUACCUCGGUUCCCCUGAUCCCUCUCUGUAAUAGGUAUGAAACCCUGAAACCAGAGGGAGUGGUGACUGAUGAUAAUGUGGGAGCACUGCCGCCAAGCUUGCCUAAGGUGAGGCGGUCAGCUCCGCGUUUAAAGACUGCCUCCUCCAAGAAAGAAAGGAGAGUGGUAGUUGUAGGUGACUCUCUUCUGAGAGGAACAGAGGGUCCAAUAUGUCGGCCUGACCCUACCCGUAGGGAGGUGUGCUGCCUUCCUGCAGCCCGGGUCAGGGAUAUUUCUAGAAAACUCCUCAGCCUUAUCCGCCCCUCUGAUUAUUACCCUCUAUUGAUAGUUCAGGCCGGCAGUGAUGAGAUCCCUGUUAGAAGCCUGAGGAUUAUAAAAAAUGAUUUUAGGAGACUGGGGAAGUUAGUUGAUGGAGCGGGCAUACAAGUAGUGUUUGCCAGUAUUCCCUUGGUGGCAGGGAUGAACGCUGAGAUGACCAGGAAAAGCCAUCUUAUAAAUGCAUGGCUGAGAGGCUGGUGCAAGCGCAAAAAUUUUGGAUUCUUUGAUCAUGGGGUGGUCUACUCGGCAUCUGGCCUGAGGUCUGCUGAUGGGAAUUGCUUGUCUCCAAAAGGGAGACGGAUACUUGCCCAGGAGCUGGCGGGACUUGUAGAGAGGGCUUUAAACUAGAUAGGAAGGGGGAGGGGGAUAAAGCCAGGCCUGCUAGAGAGCAGCCUGGGGAAGUGGUAAUGGGAUUAGGUGAGAGGCGAGGGGCUCAGCUGAGGUGCGUCUACACUAAUGCACGCAGCAUGGGCAACAAACAAGAAGAGUUGGAAGCCAUUGUGCAGCAGGCAAACUAUGACCUAGUUGCCAUAACGGAAACGUGGUGGGAUUGCUCCCACGAAUGGAGUGCUGCAAUGGAUGGCUAUAAACUCUUCAGGAAAGAUAGGCAAGGAAGGCGGGGUGGCGGUGUAGCUCUCUACGUUAGGGAAUGCUUUUACGCUACUGAGAUUAUG